AUGAAGGCGGCACAAGAUAGACAGAAGAGCUAUGGUGAUAAGCAUCGUCGCCAUGAGGAGUUUCAGGUGGGAGAGAAGGUGUUGCUUAGAGUUUCUCCUAUGAAAGGAGCUAUGAGAUUUGGGAAGAAGGGCAAGUUGAGCCCUAAGUUCAUUGGGUCGUACGAGAUUCUAGAGAGAAUGGGAGAGGUGGCUUAUAGAUUGGCGUUGCCGCCAGGCGUUGAUCGUGCGCAUAACGUGUUCCAUGUUUCUCAGUUGUGGCGAUACAUUAGUGACCCUUCGCAUGUGCUACAGCCAGAGUCUCUCCAAUUAGAUGAUAACAUGACUUAUGAGGAGUUUCCAGUUCAGAUUCUAGAUCACAAAGUUCGUAAGACUCGCAAAGGUGAGACAAAGAUUGUGAAGGUGCUGUGGUCAAACCACAACUCGGAGGAGUCUACUUGGGAAGCUGAGGAUGUGAUGCGUCUUAAGUAUCCCCAUCUCUUCACCCAGGUAGAGACUAAUAUUCAGAGGGCUUUAGAUAAUCCUAAUGGUCAAUGUGUCAGGUUGUUACAUAGUUUUAGAAAGGCUAAUGUGAAUAAUAUGGCUCUUCAAAUGAAGCUGCUUUGGAAAACUGUUAAUAACCCGGAUAAACUAUGGGUUGAUCUUGUUUCUAAAAAGUAUUUGAGGGGUAGUCCGUUGUUUGAGUAUGUCUCUUCUAGAAAUUUUCACGGUAAUGGAAAUAACUAG